AUGUUCAAGCUAUCGAUGCUGUUGGGCCUGGCCCUAGUCCUGGCUCCCCUGAUGAUUCAGGCCAAAUCCUUGCCGGAGGUGCCCAUGCCCAUCUCCGAGAUUGAGGCUCGCGACAAUGGAAAUAUUGAGAAUCCGACCAUUCCACCCAGUAAUUUGGAUGAAAGUACCGAGGCACCGGCUACUGCGGCACCAACUGCAGCUCCUGGAACUACGGAGAAGCCUGCUACGGCUGCUCCUGGAACUACAGAGAAGCCUGCCACGGAAGCUCCUGGAACCACUGAGAAACCUGCCACGGAAGCUCCUGGAACCACUGAGAAGCCUGCUACUGCAGCUCCUGGAACUACGGAGAAGCCCGCUACUGAUGCUCCUGGAACUACGGAGAAGCCCGCUACUGAUGCUCCUGGAACUACGGAGAAGCCUGCUACAGAUGCUCCUGGAACCACUGAGAAACCUGCCACGGAUGCUCCUGGAACCACUGAGAAACCUGCCACGGAUGCUCCUGGAACCACUGAGAAACCAGCUACUAAUGAACCUGCUACCGAUGAACCCUCAACCGGCGAACCCUCAACCGAUGAACCCUCAACCGAUGAACCCUCGACCGAUGAACCUUCGACCGAUGAGCCCACAACCGAUGAACCCUCGACUGACACCACUGAAGAUGAUGGCAACACAACCACCGAUAGUGACGACGACUUCGGCAGCACCGCUUCCGACCAUGUGUGCGCAACCACCGGCUUCUUCCCGACGGAAAACUGCUCGCAGUUCAUUAUCUGCAGCUACGGCAAGGAAGGCAAGGAGCUGAAGCCCUUCAUCCGCAAGUGUCCGGGUGCUAUGCAGUUCGAUCCGGUGGAAGAGUUCUGCAGCGAGGAGUACGAUUGCGACGCUUAG